AUGGGCCACAAAGUCUCCGUUGUCAAGGGUGUCAAGUCGGGAAAUUUCUACGAGCAAGGAAACGCCAUCAACGAGAUUUGGGUAGGGGACGUCGAGAUCAUCUCCAGACUGCCCUUUGGUGAUUCCGAUAUUGGCCAGGCUGGUUGGCCACCCGGCAACUGGCCCAAGAUCCCCUGGCAUCAGUUCAUCAUUCCUUUGAGACGAGACCUCAACACGGUCCAGUGCAGCAGUCUCGAGUGUCAUUCGGACUCCAUUGCAAAGCUUUCGGCAACAUACGAAACCUCGCUUCUCUUAACAUCCCUCGUCCUUCUGCCAGCAGUCGUUCUCAGUAUUCUCCUCGUGUUGAGAUACAGACGAGCUCGUUUCUCGCGUCGUCAAUACCUGGAAACGGAAAAGGUCCCGGCCACCUCGUCUGCAUAA